AUGGCUGACGACGCUGCCAAGAAGAAGAGAACCUUCCGUAAAUUCUCCUUCCGUGGAGUAGAUCUUGACCAACUUUUGGACAUGGAUAGGUAUGUUUCUAGCCUUUUUAUUUUUUGGGGUUUAGGCAAUACAUUGAUAAAAGAGUUGUCUUUCCUAUUUUCUUGAAGGAACUAGGGAUUUUAAAUAUGAAUAUUUAAAAUAAAAGCGUCUAGCUUUGCGAGUUUUUGCUACAGUUUUUACCAAUAAGAUUUUUUGCUGUAAAAACUUAUUACAGUCAAAUGUAGCCCUUUUUGAAAAGCGUUGAAUAAUGUUUGUAUCAAGAUUUUUGAAUUUUUGCUUACUUAUUAGAUUAAAUAAGGUUUUACUAAAGAAUUUGUUAGGCAGGUUUAAAAAACAUUACAACGAACCUUGUUUUUAACAUUUUCAAAUAAGUCUUUGAUUUCAGACCUACCUUCGCCAAGAUGUUGACAGCUCGUGCCCGCAGACGCUUGAACAGGGGCCUCCAAAAGAAGCACCGUGCUCUCCUUCAACGAUUGAUCAAGGCCAAGAAGAACGCCAAGGAAUUGGAAAAACCAGCUUGCAUCAAGACCCAUCUUCGUAACAUGUUGAUCUUCCCCGAGAUGGUCGGAUGUGUUGUCGGAAUUCACAGUGGACGCGCCUACAACCAAGUCGAAAUCAGGGCUGAGAUGAUUGGCUACUACUUGGGAGAAUUCUCAAUCACCUACAAACCAGUCAAGCACGGUCGACCAGGUAUUGGUGCCACUCACUCUUCUCGUUUUAUCCCUCUCAAGUAA